AUGGCCCGUACUAAGCAGACCGCACGUAAAUCAACUGGAGGUAAAGCUCCUCGUAAACAGCUUGCCACAAAGGUAGGCCGCGCGAAAGUCUGCUCCAUCAACAGGUGGUGUGAAGAAGCCACAUCGUUACCGUCCAGGAACGUCGCUCUUCGUGAAAUCCGUCGUUACCAGAAGUCGACCGAGCUGCUCAUCCGCAAACUGCCGUUCCAGCGCCUGGUCCGUGAAAUCGCUCAGGAUUUCAAAACCGAUCUCCGUUUCCAGUCUGCCGCCAUUGGUGCUCUUCAGGAGGCUUCUGAGGCAUACCUCGUUGGUCUCUUCGAAGACACCAACUUGUGCGCUAUCCACGCCAAGCGUGUCACCAUCAUGCCCAAGGACAUCCAGCUGGCUCGCCGUAUCCGCGGUGAACGUGCUUGA